UUCUCCUCCUCUCUGCCUUCGUCCCCAACCUUGUGUUCUCCCGAGUCUCACUAGUGAAGGAAGAAGAGCAGGCUGAGAGAACAAGUCUCAGAAACAGAGCCCCCGAGUUCUAGAGAGAGAGAGAGAGAGAGAGAAAGAGAGGAAAGAGAGGAAAGAGAGGAGACUUACAAGAUGUCGAAGGAAGUGAGCGAAGAAGGACACCCCCAACAUAGAAAGGACUACGUAGACCCUCCACCAGCUCCUCUCCUCGACUUCGGUGAGUUGAAGCUCUGGUCCUUCUACAGAGCCUUAAUCGCCGAGUUCGUCGCUACCCUUCUUUUCCUAUAUGUCACAGUAGCCACUGUCAUCGGCCACUCGAAGCAGGGUGAUGCCUGCUCCGGCGUUGGCCUUCUGGGUAUCGCCUGGGCUUUCGGUGGCAUGAUCUUCAUUCUUGUUUACUGCACAGCCGGAAUCUCAGGUGGUCACAUCAACCCGGCUGUGACGUUUGGUCUUUUCUUGGCGCGUAAGGUCUCGCUGAUCCGAGCUGUGGCUUACAUGGUUGCUCAGUGUUUGGGAGCCAUUUGCGGAGUUGGAUUGGUGAAGGCCUUCAUGAAACACUCCUACAACCGCUAUGGAGGUGGUGCUAACUCAGUUUCCGCUGGAUACUCCAAAGGAACUGCCCUGGGAGCUGAGAUUAUCGGCACUUUCUUGCUUGUUUACACCGUCUUCUCGGCUACAGAUCCCAAGAGGAAAACACGCGACUCCCAUGUCCCCGUGUUGGCUCCUCUGCCCAUCGGGUUCGCUGUUUUCAUGGUACAUUUGGCUACCAUUCCGAUCACCGGCACCGGUAUCAACCCGGCCAGAAGCUUUGGAGCGGCCGUCAUUUACAACGGCGACAAGGCCUGGGACGACCACUGGAUUUUCUGGGUCGGCCCCUUCAUCGGAGCACUCGCUGCAGCUGCUUACCACCAAUACAUUCUGCGAGCGGCAGCUAUCAAGGCGCUGGGUUCGUUCCGUAGCAACCCCAGUAACUAGUCAUCAUCUAUUUGUCCGAUCCUCCUCCUCCGGCUUCCCUUUCCGCUUGUUUGUUUGUCUAAUUGUUUGUGUGUAAGAGAGGAUGAGUUUUUAUUUUUAUUUAUUUUUUUACAUUAUUUUCUUUUGUUUUUUUUCUCAUUUAGUUAUGCUUUUCUUUUUUUUUUUCGCUUUGGGAGGAGAAUCUACUGUGUAACAUCGAUGUAUUAGUGCUUGCAAUCGUAGUGGGUGGGGUCUCCUUUUUUUUCAUCCUUUUCAUCAUCUCUGUAGUCUCUAUUUCUUUCUCACAAAAUGCAUUCUUUUCUGGAGUCAUCUCCCUUU